AAGAGCAAAGUGCGCUGAUCAUUAGAAAGAGGGGGGGCAUGUCUGAGCCACCCACAUGUUAUUUGUCAUUCAUACUGCGCAGCGAUUUGAUUUAACAAAGAUUGUAACCAGUGUCGGAUCUAAUGGCGACCUGUGAGGACGUGCGGGAGAGUGUGAAGAACUAUUAUGGCAGCCGGCUGGAGUGCUCUGCUGAUCUGCAAACAAGUGCUGCUUCCUGCAGUUUCUCCUGCAGCUCAGUGCCGAGGAGUGUGACAGAUGCACUGAGCCUGGUUCACCCGGAGGUCACCAAAAGAUUCUUCGGCUGUGGCCUUCCCUUCCCAGCGAAGCUCGAGGGCUGCAGAGUCCUGGACCUCGGCAGCGGCUCUGGCAGAGACUGUUAUGCCUUCAGCAAACUCGUCGGGCCAAGCGGACACGUGACAGGGAUCGAUAUGACCGAGGCGCUGAUCGCAGCGUCUCGUCAGUACAUCGAGUAUCAUCAGAAGAAGUUUGGCUAUGAGAAGCCCAACGUCACUUUUGUCCAGGGGUACAUGGAGAAGCUCAGUGAAGCUGGCGUACAGAGUGACUCAAUGGAUGUUGUGCUAUCCAACUGUGUCAUCUGUUUGUGUCCUGAUAAAAAAGCAGUGCUUCAGCAAGCUUACAACGUCCUCAAGGAGGGAGGUGAGCUGUACUUUAGUGACAUGUACGCCAGCAAAGUCAUUCCUGAUCACAUGAAAGGAGAUGCAGUCCUGUGGGGUGAAGGAAUGGGCGGCUCCCUGUUUUGGCAGGAUCUCAUUUCAUUGGCUCACAGCAUCGGUUUCAGCACUCCACACCUUGUCGCAGCCAGUCACAUCGUGAUCCACAACUGUGAGCUCAAAGCAAAAGCAGGUGAUGUCAGCUACGCUUCAGGCACAUACAGACUCUUUAAGCUGCCCAAAAGUCCAGUGGUGUCUGAGGCAACGGUGACCUAUAAAGGAACUGUGCCAAAUUUCCCCGAUCAGCUGGACUUUGAUUCCUCCCACUCUUUAAAGAAAGACGUGGCAGUGCAGGUAAAUGGAGAGAUGGCAGCGAUCCUCCAGUCAUCUCGCUUCUCUCCGGAUUUCGUAAUCCAGACUUUGGAUCGACCUGAGUCCGGCUCAGAGUCAACACCUCAGUACUGCCACCUCAACCCAUUUCUACUGGCGGACAAACUGGGAUCCUCAGUGAGACAGUGCUCCAAAACAAGCAAAUAAAGAUGUAACUGAGGAACUUGUUCUGAAGACUGAGUAGAACAGCUGCAAUGAGAUUGAGUUUGAUUAGUUGAUUUUAUACAGUAAGUCCAUAACUUGAGACUAAUCAUUUUAUGUGCUAGUCGACUCUUACCUCUUGUUAUAUUGUUAAUUUUAGAUAUCAUGGUGUUACGUUUUUUAGCAGGAUAAUGCUGUCGCAGUAAUAUCAUAAUAAAUAAGUGUCCAGAUACUAAAAUAAAAUUUUUCUAAUAACCA